AUGAAUGCUCUUUUGUGGAGUUGGAGUCUCACAGGACUCUUUCUCUUGAGCAUUCUUGCAAAUGGGGUAAUGAGUUCUGAUGAAAUGGACUUGUUUAACAAUUUCAAAGGUGCAAAUAUGUUUCAGAAACAAGAUGAUGGUGCAGAUGUUCUGAUGGUAGGACUCACUCUGGUCCAAACCGCUGCAGCUGAAGGAGCUGUGUGUCUGGACGGGUCAGUGCCUGGAUAUCAUUUGUAUCGUGGGUACGGUUCAGGAGCAAACAACUGGAUCAUUCAGUUGCAGGGUGGUGCGUGGUGUGACAGCAUAGAAGAUUGUCAGAACCGUAAAAGGAGUCGUGUUGGAUCGUCUACCUUAAUGGAAACACCGAUAGAGUUUAAAGGAAUACUAAGCAAUAAAGCCGCUGAAAAUCCAGACUUUUACAAUUGGAAUAAAGCAGUAGUUCGGUACUGUGAUGGCGCAUCCUUUAGCGGUGAUAGCGAAAACAAGACCGCACAACUUCAGUUUAGAGGUAAGCGUAUAUUUUUAGCCGUCAUGGAAGAUUUGAUGGCAAAGGGAAUGUGUCAUGCCAAGCAGGCUUUGCUCAGCGGAUGUUCUUCUGGAGGUCUUGCAUCGAUUUUACGUUGCGAUGAUUUCAGUAGUUUGUUUCCUCCUACCACCAAAGUUAAAUGCAUGAGCGAUGCUGGCUUCUUCCUUGAUGCGGUUGAUAUAUCUGGAGCUCGUUCUUUAAGGCGUAUGUAUUCUGGUGUUGUAAACACCCAGGGUUUGCAAAAUAUGCUUCCUAGCACAUGUACAAACCAUCUCGAUCCAACUUCGUGUUUUUUCCCUCAAAACAUAAUUAACCAAGUCAAGACCCCGCUGUUUAUUCUCAACUCGGCAUUUGAUUCGUGGCAGAUUGAAAAUAGCAUAGCUCCACCAUCUGCUGAUCCGAGUGGCAGUUGGCAUAAUUGCAGCUCCAGCUUCACGUGCAACGCCUCUCAGAUGCAAUUCAUGGAAGGUUUCAGAAUGAGCAUGUUAGAUGCCCUAAAGACUUUUUCGAUGUCAAACAAGAACGGAAUGUUUAUUAUCUCGCGCUGGGCUCAUUGUCUAGCGCAGAGAAAAGAUACUUGGUUUCCUGGAAACUCUCAACCGGGUGAAGAUAAGGGGAUUGCUGUCGUUGUUGGAGAUUGGUAUUUUGAAAGAGCAAAAAAGUAAGUUCACAGACUGAUUAUCACUGUGAUAGCAAGAUAUAUUGUUGAGGAGAUGUUUGUUUCACUUCAUUCCCAUCGAUUAUUGUUGAGUUUUUUCAUUGAAAGGCUGUGAAGGGAUUCCAUAAAUGUAUUUGUAUCCAUUUCCUCACCCAACAAAUAAAUUAAAAUAAGUUCUUCGA